UUGUCAUUUGGUCGAUGGCAGAGGUACGCAGUGAGGUGGAGACCAGUUCUCUAGGUCUAGGAGCCCCACAGUCGGCAGAUUACCCUCAGCUACCACACCCUGCCGCAGACCCUACGCUGCCUGUAGCAGAGCCCCUGAAGGUACCGGAGGACCCCCAGCCAGAGACACAGGCUGAGCCUGACACCUGUCCACUGCCACCCAGGAGGAUGUGGGAGGACAGCUUCGACACAGAGAAUUACUCAGCGGUGUCGUGGAGGCAGUAUUUUGACCAGUCCGAGGACAUCCCAGUAGGACCGUCAGAGACCAGAGAUGUGUUCAGGGUCUACAGAAACGGUACUGAUGGACCUCUACUGGUUCUGCUGCACGGAGGAGGACACUCUGCCUUGUCCUGGGCUGUUUUUACUACAGCCAUAGCCAGUAGGGUGACCUGCAGGGUGCUGGCCAUGGACCUCAGGGGUCACGGUUCCACCCAGGUACGUCAGUCAGACGACCUCUCCACACAGACCAUGUCUAGGGAUGUGGCCAAUGUGGUGCGAGCGUGCUACGGAGAGGCCCCUCCCCCCAUCGUCCUGGUUGGUCACAGUAUGGGCGGGGCCAUCGCUGUCCACACCGCCUCCAGCAUGCUCCUCCCCACUACUGUAGGAUUGGUGGUGAUAGACGUGGUGGAAGGCAGUGCCAUGGAGAUGCUACACAGCAUGCAGAACUUCCUGAAAGGACGACCCAGGUCUUUUGAGUCUAUUGCCCAUGCCAUAGAGUGGAGUGUUAAGAGCGGUCAGAUCAGGAACCGGGAAUCAGCACGAGUAUCCAUGGUGGGACAGAUCAAGAGGCAUGUAGAGGUGGAGGAUGUUGUUGAAUCGCCUGAGCAGGCCGUCCCUGUUAGUGACGUAGUCGUCGAGGGCAACGAGGAGAUCUGCGUUGACCCGAGCUACGUUAGCGACAAGCCAGACGGUACAUCAGAGGUGAGCAUCCCGGAACACGAGGGUGUGUACAGCUGGCGUAUAGACCUGUCCAAAGCAGAGAAGUACUGGGACGGAUGGUUCAGAGGGAUCUCUAAUCUGUUCCUGGGAUGUAACCUGCCCAAACUCCUCCUGUUAGCAGGUGUAGAUCGUCUGGACAGGGACCUGACUAUAGGCCAAAUGCAGGGAAAAUUCAUGAUGCAGGUGCUGCCCCCUAGUGGCCACGCAGUGCACGAGGACACACCAGACAAAGUUGCAGAUGCUCUGGCCAGCUUUCUGUUCAGACACAAGUUUGCUGAGGCCAGCAGAGGUCAGCGCACGAGCUCCUCCUACCCUUUCACGCGGUGAAGUCAGCAGGCCAACAGAGAACAUCCCGUCUUUCUGUGUCCCUGAACAACAAAUAUUUAAAUCAUUUUCAUAUUUUACUUUCCAACAGUUUAUAGUGUUUUAGUAUUAACUUUGGUUACGUCAUUUUAGCAUCUUAGUCACUUAGAAUUCUAUGUUUUACAGUCGUAGUGUAGUUCAGUAAACAUAUUGCAGUGUUUUUAAGGUACAAGCCCCAGUAGUAUGGGCAGUGGGAUGGUGUUAUGUAAGUACUAAAAUGUGUCUAGUUGGACUGUGACUCAAACAUGUGUUGGGUAAACAGUUAUACAUGGGAGAGGAAUGGAACGAUCACUAACACACACACACACACACACACACACACACACACACACACACACACACACACACACACACACACACACACACACACACAUACUAAGGAAAGCAGGCAUGCACACACACACACACACACACACACACACACACACACACACACACACACACACACACACACAAACACACACACACACACAC